AUGGAUUGCACGGGAAUCCCGGCUUGCGUGGGAAGGCAUCGGAACGGAUUCCGGACGCUAAGCGGAGAUAGCUCGGUUUUCUCGGACAUUUGUCCGGACGAUGCACUAAUGGCAAAUUCCGACACCUUAGCUCAUGAAACGAAUCAUGCGACGUCGUCUAACAAGGAUUUAGAAGUGGAGGAGGGUUGCGAAGGCUUACUGACGGGGCGAGAAGACACAGUACUCUACGAUCCGGGGGGUUGUUACCCAUCCCUGAACCUCAGCGGAUUAAAGCCACAGCAGAAACGACAGCGUUUAGGGAUUCCAAGCAAGGCCGCGCGAAUGCCGCCGUGUUCGGCGGCUGAGGAUGAUCCGUCAGGUCGUGCCGCGUCCCCAUGUCAUGUCUCGAGGUCAGCGACACAGACAGCAGGUUUCGAAGUAGAUUACGAUUCGUCCGUUCGUGCCACGUCGUCGUUUCAUCGUGAUGCUAGCGUACCCGCACAGACAGGGGUGCGUGCCGCGUUUUCGUGCUUUGGCUUCAAUGGCGAUGCGCGCGCAUCAUGCGCAUCGGCCGAGGAAAACGAGGAGGAGGAGGCGAGAGAAGAGGGGAGGGAAGUCGAGAGAGAGAGAGAGAGCGACGAUGGGAAUAAUAUCGACUCAGCGGAGUGGGCGGAGGGGGGGGCGGAGGGGGCGGAAUGGGCGGAGGGGGCAGAGGGGAGUAAGUCUGACGAUGGCGGGUAUGAGUUCCGCGCAUUGGAAGACGCGGAGAUGGCUGUGCUGGCGGAGCCGAUGACGGAGGAGGGAAUUGCGGAAAAGGGGGUCGCGGAAGGGGCGGAAGAGGCGGAAGGGGCGGAAGGGGCGGAAGGGCAGCACCAUGAGUGGCGGCAGCAGUCGUGGGUUUCGAGCGUGGAGUGGUUCGUGUCGUGGCCGCUCAGGCGACUCAGCCACCCGUGGCGCAAGAAAGUGCUGUGGCUGUGGGUGGUGGUAGCAGCGGCCAUCCUGUCGCUGGUGUUCACAGUGGCGUGGAAGCACGCGCAGGGAACUGAGAGGGACGACCUGGAGGGGCACUGCGAAGAGUGGGGGGCGUUCAUCGAGGCCAAGUUCAACAUCACGGCUGCCAACACACGCUCCAUUUCCGAUUUCAUCCGCGCCUACUACCUCGAUAACCCGCCAUGCACACCGCCGUCCGUUCAGACAGUGCAGAGUUCUCGGAUUGUUCGACCUGAGGGUAGGGAUUACCUUCCCGACAUGCCGGAACACGCAGUCUUCAAACAUUUCAGCCUCAUUGUGCGGGAAGAAGGCAAAGCACAGCAGUACGAGUGUAAGUACUGCUUCAAUGUUUUCACCGGUGCAGCCAUUCGUUGCGCGCAGCACCUGAGCUCGUGGAAGGGAAUGAAGCGUCGCGAGGUGACGCUUUGCAAGGAGGCACCGCAAGACGUACGCAACGAGAUGCGCACCAAAUACGAGAAGAUGGCUGCCGCGGUAGAAGAAAAGCGCCGAACAACAUCUGCAGCAGUUGCGGCAGUCCAGGCUGGCGGCGGGAAGCGGCGCAUCACCGACUACUUGGAGGGAGAUGCCGCUGCGGCUAAACGGGAUGCUCACGAGGGCCUUGCGCUGAUGUUAGUGGCCUGCAGAAUCCCGGAGGUCACCAUGGACCACCCGCUGUUCAUCAACGCCAUGCUGCUCGUCAACCGCGCCGGCCACGGCUACGUCCCCCUCAGGAGGACUUUCAUUGGCGGGGCUGGACUGGUCGCUGUCCGCAAAGGGAUUGAGCAGGGGCUGGUGGGGAUUAAAUCGAGCUGGAAGAAGACGGGGGUAACAAUUGCGUCCGACAUGAUGACGGACAAAUGUGGGAGGGCGCAAGCGAACGUGCUUCUGAUUAACGACUCCGGCGCCGUCCUCAGGGAGGCGAUCGACUGCGGUAUGGAGUGGAAGACGGGGGGAUACAUAGCGGGGAUUCUGCAGCCGGUGGUGGAGGAGGUAGGACCAGAGAAUGUUAUCGCGUUUUGUAUGGAUGGGGGGUCGAACUAUGCCGCGGCUGUCCAGGAGCUGAUUGCCAAGUGGCCCCACAUUCAGCAGGUCCCUUGUGCUACGCAUGUGAUGGAUCUCCUGCUGGAGGACGUGGGAAAGAUGGGGUGGGCAAAAGGGGUGGUGGAUCAGACUGGGGAGAUUAUUUCUUUCGUGCGCAACCAUCAUUGGACGCGCGCUUACCUGAGGACCAAGGAGUUGGUUGAGGGGAAGGUGCUGCAGCCGCUGAAGGCGGCGGGAACACGUUUCGGGACACAGUACAUUGUUGUGUCCCGCCUUUGUGAGUUGCGUAGCACCCUGAACGCGAUGGUGCUUUCCGACAAGUGGAAGGAGUGGGCCAUGGGGUCGCGGAAGGAUGCUGCCGAGGCGUUUACUGGGCGGGUCCUUGAUGCAGCAUGGUGGCGGACGGCAGAAUUCUUCUGCAAGCUGAUGCAACUGCCCUACAAGGCGAUGCGGCAGACUGACGCAGAUGCCAAUGGGAUGAUGGGCCGCCUCUACGAUGUAAUGCUGCAGCUUACGGAGGAUGUCAACGACGUCCUGGACGAGGAUGAGCAGCAGCUGAGUAGCACAGAUAAGGAAAAGAUCCGCAGCAUCAUCAAGGACCGCUGGGAUAACAACCUCGCCUGCGCCAUGCACGUUGCUGGCCGAAUCCUCAACCCCGCCAACCAGGAGGAGGAUAUCUUUGGCAGCGACGUCGAAUGCACCCGGGUUUUCAAGGCGUUAAUCAACCAGCACGUGGAGUUCCUCAUCGGCCACGACGGGAAGGGGAGGGAUGCGGGUCCAGAUUACUUGCUUGCCUUGGGUGACGGGCUGAGGGCUUUCUUGGACCUGAAAGGAAGUUUUGGGAUGCCGGAGGCGCUUGCACAGAGGGAGAAGGUGAAGGCGGGUAAGUACAGCAUGGUGAAGUGGUGGCAGUGGAACGGCACUGAUGCACCUCACCUGAUGCACUUCGCCGUGAGGGUGCUAUCUCAGCCUGUAUCGGCAUCCCCUUGUGAGCGUGGGUGGGGAACUUGGGAUGCAGUACACACAGCCCGCCGGAACCGCCUCGGAUCUGAGAAGUGCCAGGACCUGGUUUUUGUUGCGCACAACUGGAAUGUUGUGCGCAACUGGCACUCGCGCGCAGAUGUGAUGCCAAACGUUGUGCCAGGGAUUGGGGACGAGCCUCCUAUCCUCGAGGGAGCCCACAGGCACACUCUCCUCUGCUGUCCCCCACUAUGUUCCUUUCCUCUCCGUUCCGGCCCUGUAUUUCCCCUUCGUUGCCCCCCUGUGUCCGCUGCACCUGCAGUCGUGGGCUUCACACUGCUCGUCAACAACACGUUCAUUCGCGACUUAGUGGAGAAAAACUCCAACCACUGCAUCUUCGCCCCCGAGCCCAACGGCUCACUCUCCUGCCGCCCGCGCGACCUGCCCCUGUACGCACCGCUGGUGAUCUUCAACACGCGCAAGGAGUUCUACCCGCGCCACUGUGCUCGUUUUGACCUGUACCUCCACACCAUCUCCCCACUCCCCUGCUGGUCCUUCCCCCUCCUCAACAACUUAUCCUCCCUUUCCGCCUCCCACCACCUCUCACCGCAUCCCACCACAUCCCAUCGCCUCCCACCGCCCCUCUCAGACCCAGCUUUUAACGACACGCUCCACAGGGCCAUUGACUCAGCGUCCUCCGCCAUCUCCCCGCCAUUUGUCCGCGACAACUACCCCUACCAUUUCAUCGGGCAGGCCUUCCCAGUCUACUUCAACCUUACCACCUUCGCCCUGCCCCCCUCGCCCUCCCCUCCCUCCGUCGCCAUCCCUCCGCUCGCCACACCUGCGGACCUCCCACGGGGGUUUGUCAUUGCCGGUUAUAAUUUCGCAAAUCUCCGAUCUCUUGUGGGGUUUCAGCAGCUGGCGGAGCUGAACGAGAGGGUUUAUCUGGUGGAUGGAACGAGGGGCGGGGUGUGGGAUGGUGCGAGGAAUGGGGAUGGGAAGGUUGUGAAGUGGUUGCCGGCGCUUCUGUUUGAUCAUGAGGGGGUGGUGGGUGAGGAGGAGAUAGGAGCGUGGAUGAUGGGGCAAGGGGAUGGGGUGAUGACAGGGGAUGAGGGGAGAGUGCAGCGUGAGGUGCACUUGGUGGUAGCGGUGCUCUUUCUGACCGUCUCCACCAUCCUUCUAUGGACGAGCAUCCAGCUCAUGCACGCCUUUGAGUGCGACUGCCAGCACCUAGCUGCCGCCCAGCAUGAGCUUCGUGCCGCCCGCUUGGAGGCUGAGAAGGCGAGCCGAGCCAAGGGGGAUUUCCUCACGACAAUGUCGCAUGAGAUCCGCACUCCCAUGAACGGCGUCAUAGGCAUGCUGAACCUGCUACUGGAAACCCCUCUAGACGGGUCGCAGAAGGACUACGCACAGACGGCGCGAAGCAGCGGGCGGGCGCUGUGUGCGCUGAUCAACGACAUUCUCGACCUCUCCAAGAUCGAGGCCGAGAAGCUGCAUCUCGAGUGCAUCCCGUUGGACCUGCGUGCCGAGCUCGACGACGUGCUCGCACUCUUCGUGGAGAGCGCCCAGGAGAAGCGCUCCGUUGAGCUCGCCGCGUUUGUGGCCGAUGAUGUGCCAGAGACGCUCCUUGGGGAUCCGCUCCGAGCAGAGCGCAGCACGGCACGGCUGCAUGGAGGCACGGGCAUCGGGCUCUCCAUCUGCAAGGUGCGCUGUGUUGGGGUGCCUGCUGUGCAAGGUGCACUGCAUCUGGACACCUGCCUUGGGCUCUCCAUCUGCAAGCGCCUGGUGUCGAUGAUGGGCGGAUCCAUCUCGUUCGUGUCAAAGCCAGGCGUCGGCACCACCUUCCUCUUCGAUAUCCUCCUCCACACGCCCCCUCUCCCCCACCCUCCUGCCUCCCCACCUCAUCCCUCUCAACCCCACACCCCUCCUCCUCAACCCCACUCUCCUCAACCCCAAGCUCGUCCUCUGCUUGCCCCUGUCCCGCCUGUGUCCUCUGUCUCACUCCCUCCUCCCCUGUCUGGUGCCUUCCCAGCCUCCCUGAGAUUCCCUGCUGUCCCUUCCAACACUCCCUGGGGAUGGGAGGGCGUGUGUGUGGUGAGUGUGGACGACCGGCCGUCAUGCCACGCAUGCUCCCAAGGAGCCGCGGCGGAGCAGCAGGGAGAGCAGCAGGCGGAGCAGCAGGGGGAGCAGCAGGGGGAGCAGCAGGCGGAGCAGCAGGGGGAAAAGCUGGGGGAAGAGGAGCAGUGGGAAAAGCUGGGGGAGCAGAGGGAGAAGGAGCAACGCAAGGUGGACCUAUCCUCUGAGCCAUCUCUUGCUGCUAAAUACCUCGCUCGCCUCCUCUCGCCUGCUCCCACACCCAUCCACCCCCAUCGUGCUCCUCGCACCGUCUCUCUCACGCCCUCAACAGCACCACCCCACCCACCGCUGUCUCCUCGUACCCCUCCCCCUCCGCGCCGCGUGAAGACCCACACAGCCCUGUCGCCAUGCCUCACUGCCACCUCUCAGCGCUCCAUCGGAUCCCUCAUUGGGCAUUUUGACGCUCAACUUCCUCCUCUAACCGUCUCUCCCCCUACAAUUCCUGAGGCACUUCAACGACCCCACCCAAAGCCUCCUCAUACUCCUCCACCUCCCCCCCGUCGCGUCAAGUCACACACUGCCCUGUCAUGCCUUCCACUCCCCACCUCUCAACGCUCCAUUGAAUUCCUUCUGAACGCAUCCUCCACAACUUUUGAGGCACAUGAGCAAUCCCACGAACCGUCUCCUCUGACCCCUCGCCCUCCUCCUUGUCGCGUCAAGUCUCACACUGCCCUGUCACGCCGCGCACUACCCACCUUCCAACGAUCCAUCGGAGCCCUUGUAACCGCGCCCCCCACGACUUUUGAUGCACACAAAGAAGCCCACGAAUCAACUCCUCUCACCCCUCGCCCUCCCCCUCGUCGCGUCAAGUCACACACUGCCGUGUCACGCCGCACACUACCCAACUUUCAACGAUCCAUCGGAGCCCUCAUAACCGCUUCCCCCACAUCACGCCCCACACUUCGUGAUCUGUCUCUGGUCCCCUUGCUUCCAGAAGACUCGUGCGCUCAAGCCCACUCAGAACCAUCCAACGACCACUCGUCUCAUUCUAUUGAGGAGUUACCUCCUCUCGAGCCUUCUGCUCCUCCUCUCCAGCCUUCUGCUCCUUCUCUCGACCCAGUUGCCUCUGCUCUCGACCCGUUUGCUCCGCCUCUCGAGCCGUUUGGCUCGCCAGCUGUGCUGGUGGCUCCUCCACCUCUCGCCCCCCUCUCCCGCCAGUACUCCUGCCCCCCUCUCUCCAUUGCUCCUCCUCCUCCCUGCCCUCCUCUCUCCAUUGCUCGUCCGCGCUGCCUUCCUCUUUCCAUCGAUGUUCACUCCUCUAUGGUGGUGGAGGGGGAGAUGAUGCAGCGGCUGGGCGUCACAGCAGAUCAAAUCUACGCUCUCGUGAAGCCCCUGCGCAAGCCAGCGCUGCUGGCGGCGCUUCUGCCGCUGUUUAGUGCGGACUCGGAGCAAGGUCAGUGUGAGCAGGCAGGAGGAGGAGCAGGGGGAGCAGGGGGAGCAGGAGAAGCAGGAGGAGUAGGAGGAGUAGGAGGAGUAGGAGGAGCAGGAGGAGCAGGAGGAGCACGGGGAACAGGAGGAGGAGGAGGCCAAAAUGAGGAUGUGGGACAGGGAGGGCUCAGAAGGAGAGAGGCGAAAGGGCAGAGGGGUGGUGGUGGGGCAUUGAGCCCGUCGGCCCUCCACAAGGCUGGCAGCAGCGCUGCAGCAGCCCUCUGGCGAGCUGUGACGUCCCCCGGAACGCUCAAGUCCCCCCGGGCGCUCAAGUCCCCAGGAACACUCAAGUCCCGACGAGCGCUCAAGUUUCCCCAUUCACUUGAAUCUCCUCAGUCACUCAAAACCCUUCCUUUGUGUCCCUCGCACUCACCCACCAUCCCCACCACUCCCAACGCUCCCACCUCUCCCACCAUUCCCACCUCUCCCACCAUUCCCACCUCUCCCACCAUUCCCACCUCUCCCACCAUUCCCACCUCUCCCACCAUUCCCACCUCUCCCAUCACUCCCACCACUCCCCACACUUUCACCACUCCUAACGUUCCCACCAUUCCCAAAGCUCUCAACACAAUGGGCAUUGUCACUGCAGCAGCACCAGCAGCAGCAGCAGCAGCAGCACCAGCAGCAGCACCAGCACCAGCAGCAGCAGCAGCAGCGACUCAAGAGCCGGCGACUGUUGGGGAGAGGCUGGGGGUGCUGGCGGGGAGGCGGGUGAUGGUGGUGGAUGACAACGUGGUGAACCGCAAGGUGGCCAGCAAGCUGCUGGAGAGGCACGGCGCGCGAGUCACCGCCGUCGAUGGUGGCAUCAAGGCGCUUCAAGCCCUCGCCUCGCCCCACCCCUACGACCUCGUUUUCAUGGACCUGCAGAUGCCGGGCAUGGAUGGGCUGGAGGCGACUCGGAGGAUCCGAGCGCGGGAGAGGGCUCAGGGCGGGGGGCAUGUGGCCAUCAUUGCGCUCACAGCGGAUGUGAUUGCCGGCACGCGCCAGCAGUGCUUUGCCGUCGGCAUGGAUGACUACCUCUCCAAACCCCUCGAAGAGGCGCAACUCGCCAACGCCGUCUGGCGGUGCCUCGUGAAUGGAUAA